AUGGCUUUGUUGGGCUCAGCGGAGUUACUUCGGAGGCUGCUCUUUGACUUUGCAGCCCCAAGGGAGGAUGAAGCCAGCCUGGAUAACUCCAAUCUGUACAUGGUGAUGGAAUACAUCCCGGGCGGGGAGAUGUUCUCCCACCUACGGUGGAUCGGGAGGUUCAGUGAACCUCACGCCCGGUUCUACACUGCUCAGAUCGUCCUGACCUUUGAGUAUCUGCACUCGCUGGAUCUCAUCUACCGAGACCUGAAGCCAGAGAAUCUCCUGAUAGACCAGCAGGGCUACAUAGAGCGGGUGAAAGGCCGAACCUGGACUCUAUGUGGGACCCCGGAAUACCUGGCCCCUGAGAUCAUCCUCAGCAAGGGUUAUAACAAGGCUGUGGACUGGUGGGCCCUCGGCGUCCUCAUCUACGAGAUGGUGGCUGGUUACCCCCCGUUCUUCGCGGACCAGCCCAUUCAGAUCUAUGAGAAGAUCGUCUCUGGCAAGGUCUGGUUACCGGGUCAUUUCAGCUCGGAGCUGAGGGACCUGCUCCAGAACCUGCUGCAGGUGGACCUCACCAAACGCUUUGGCAACCUCAAGAAUGGGGUCAAUGACAUCAAGAACCACAAGUGGUUUGCUACCACCAACUGGAUCGCCAUCUACCAGAGGAAG